AAUAUAACAGCCGAUAGGAGACGUGUAAAAAAUCAGCAAUGACACAACGUAAAUAUGGAUCAGUGCCUGUUGUUCUUCUUCUUGAUAUAUCAAACAUUGUGAAAGGAGAAGCGUUUUCUCAAAUGAAAGAGGCCUUUGUUUCAUUAAUUAAGGGUUACGCGAAUCAGCCUCUGGUAACUCACAAGGUUGCUGUUAUAACGUUUGGAAGAGAGGUUAAUAUUGUACAAAACUUCUCCGAAGAUUACAAUACCAUCUUACACUUACUAGAUGACACAGUAUGUGAAGGACCAUCACUGUUUGGCAAAGCCCUGGAAUUAGCUGUGGACGUCCUGAGAGAUAGAGAAAAAAGAGGUCUUGUUGGACCAUUUUCCAUUAGAAGAUUAGUUAUCAUGUCUGUUGGACAUGCAAUCAAUAAGGAUUUCACAGAGGACAUUGAAAACGAAAGAAAUGAAAAAAUGAGCAUUCUACAGUUAGUAGGAAAAAUACGCAAAGCGUUUCACAUUGUGUGUGUACCGGUUGGUAGAGAUCCAGACAUGUGUUUCUUAGGCGCAAUUGCAUAUUCAUCGAAAAGUGGAAAACUUUUAAAGGUUGACGAGGCUGCACAGUUUGCAAGAUUUUCGACAAAUAUGGUUAUCGCUUCUAAAAUAAUUGGCAAAAUGCCAACAGUUGAUUAUUCUUUGGAUGAUGUAACAGAAGCUGUGUUGUCAAUCGGGGGAGGUGGAUCCAUAACAGAGACGGAUUUGAGCGAUAUAUACGAAAUAUUGAUGAAUAGACAAGCAUAUCAGAUGAAUUUCUACUCACGGGACAACAUCGAAAGUGAUUUACACGGAGAGAGGGAUUCUAGGCUCCCACCUAUAGGAACACGCGUUCGAAGAGGACCUAAAUGGUCAUAUUUUGGGCAAGAUUCCGAAGCUUGUGGAACAAUCGUUGGACAUAGGACUGUUUAUCAUAACGUUUCUGUUGAAUGGGAUACAAGUAUGGUAUUUCCUUACCACUAUGACACUGGUGGUGAUGAUCAAGCAUCCCAUGUUGUCGUCUGCGACGAUCCUAGAAUUCUACUACAAAGAGAGAAGAUUGCAGUAGGGUGUCUUGUUCAAAGAGGUCCAGACUGGAAGUGGUUUGACCAAGAUGGUGGUGAGGGUAAUAUUGGAUCGGUUUACCGGGUGAAAGACGACAAGACUGUCCAUGUACGAUGGCCUAAUGGUAAAAAAAGUAACUACAGAUUUGGAUAUGAUGGAAAUUAUGAUGUGUCAUUAUGUGACCCUUUUGACGAGAAUAUAAUGAGAAGAAUGAAAGAACAACGAAAUGACUGGAGCAAAAACAAUGCAAAAAUGGUGGCUUCGAAUGAUGGCACAAGAAGCAAAUACAACAAAAAAGGUUUUGCCAGUGCAGCAUCUAACAUACGAAACCCUAGAGAUGUAAAUAAGAAAAACACUGAAAUUUGUGAAAAGGAUAAGAUGGCAGAGGGAGGUAAAAGGAACAGUUCACCAGUUCAACAUAAAAAGGAGGGUUUAGAGGGGAAGAAUGCCUUAAAUUGUAACUUCAGUGAUAGACCUUGUUCUUGGGAAUGGAAGACUAACCAAGGCAAAUGGGUGUCGUUCCCAAAAUCAGAGAACGAUAAAAUACAAAACGCUUUUGACAAAAAUAGGAAAGGUACUGUUCUGGUGAAGAUAGAUGAAGAUUUAUAUAGGGUGGUUUUGUCUAAAAUGAUUCAGAUUAAUAUCAGCAACAGAGAAUCGCUAGAAGUCAGACGCCUCAGCUGAUUUUACCUUGAUGCCGUGAUCAAUUGUCGUUCGUCUUGUUUUUACAAUCAUUAAAUGUAUUUUAUAAAGAUCUGAGACCCUUAAUAUGUAUUAUCUACAGAGCACAUCAUUUUGAAUAUGAUUAAUGUUCAAUGUAGCGCUACGAAUAUUCUCUAAACCAGCCAACUUUUAUUCGCGUGCUAGAAAUUUUCUGAAGGUUCGCGAGAGUCUUGCUGUUGCAAAUACUUCUCGCCGCGAACCAGUUCUCGCUGCGAACCAGUUCCUCUCCAAUCUAUUUAAUAUCAACACUAGUGUUGAUACGGCUAUGUCGCGAAAAUUUUUGCCGCGAACCACAUCAUCUAACAUAAAUCGCGAAAUAAUGUUGUCGUGAAUAAAAGCUGGUUGGCAUUAUACAAUAGGUAAUUAUAGAUAAAAUUUAUGUGAUAGCACAAAAGUCAAUAAAAAAUAAUCAUUUGCAUCAGUCACGAAAUCACUUUGCAUUGGAUCCAUCAAAUGUAAUGUUUUCUCUUGUUGUGUUUGUCAAAUUGUCAAUGUUGUGUCAUCAUUAAAGACACCAAAAAUCUUAAAUCUAUCUAAACUAACUUUGUGAAGAGUUUUACCGCACUUUUAUAAUUCAUGUAUAUUAAUCGUCAUAUGUUUUUAUGCAAUCAAAUCUAACAUUCGGUACAUUAUCUGAGUGUUUGCUAAUGAUUAAAUAUUUGUUUAAAAACAAAAAGGUUUUAUUGUUCUGAGUACUUACCAUUUUUGCUUUUCUGUUUUUAUAAAAUAUGACAGUGUUAUGUGCUUCGUGCUCCUUAGCAUAUAAGGCCAUCACC